AUUUUCUUUUCCAAUCCUCCAAUAUAAAUCAUGGCAGGUGGUCUGAAUGUGAAUGACAUGUGCUUGUCUAAAUAAAAACAUCCAAAGUAAUUUUAUUACAUCAUUACGUGAUCUAGUUGUCUGUCCUAAAUCCGUCAUCAAUGAUACCUUCUUAAUACGCAAUCACUCGUCUACUUGGCAUUUUCAUAAAACAAAAAUACGAGUCCCUCUCCACUUCGAAUUUCAUUUUUUCUUCUCACAGAGAAAAUUUGACUCCUGUCGUGUGAAUCCUGAUCUCGCUUUAGAUCGUGGAAAGCGUUCGACACAUUUCACCUUUUGAAUUUGUCUUCUUCUUCUUCUUCUCUUUUGCUUUGUUUUCUCCAUUCUCGUUGAAGUUAGUGUAUACAAUGGCGAAAUUAAGAUCGAAAUGGUUAGGAUUAAGAUCUGUAAUCAUGGUUUUUCUCAAUUUCUCUCUAGCUUUUGCUUUUGUUUCCGCUGAGAGAAGAAUCUUCAAAGGAAAAUCUCUGAGGUUAAAUUCAGAUGAAACGCGGGAAAAUGAAUCAAGUUUCUUCCUUAAAGCUGUCAAUUUUCUAUGGGAAUCUGAUCAAAUUGGUUAUCGUCAUGUUUGGCCUGAAUUUGAGUUUAAUUGGCAAAUUGUUUUGGGAACUCUUGUUGGAUUCUUUGGAGCUGCGUUUGGUAGUGUUGGAGGUGUUGGUGGUGGUGGAAUUUUUGUACCUAUGCUUAGUUUGAUUAUUGGCUUUGAUCCUAAAUCAGCUACAGCUAUUUCAAAAUGUAUGAUUAUGGGUGCUUCUGUGUCAACUGUGUAUUACAAUCUUAGAUUGAGGCAUCCAACACUUGAUAUGCCAAUCAUUGAUUACGAUCUCGCGUUGCUGAUCCAGCCUAUGCUUAUGCUUGGGAUUAGUAUUGGGGUUGCUUUUAAUGUUGUUUUUCCGGAUUGGUUGGUUACAGUUCUACUCAUCAUCCUUUUUCUAGGCACAUCAACAAAGGCGUUUUUGAAGGGUUCUGAGACUUGGAACAAGGAAACUAUAGAGAAAAAGGAGGCUGCUAAGCGUUUAGAGUCAAACGGUGUAUCUGGGGCAGAAGUGGAAUACGUGCCUCUUCCCGCAGGCCCGAGCACAAACCCUGGAAACAAAAAGAAAGAAGAAGUAAGUAUUAUUGAAAAUGUAUAUUGGAAGGAACUGGGACUUCUCGUGUUUGUCUGGAUUGUGUUCCUGGCACUGCAGAUAUCCAAGCAAAAUCUGGCUAAUUGUUCAGUAGCAUAUUGGGUCAUAAAUCUGUUACAGAUUCCGGUUGCAGUUGGUGUAUCAGGCUAUGAAGCAGUAGCUUUGUACCAGGGUAGAAGAAUCAUUGCAUCUAAAGGACAAGGAGACUCGAAUUUCACUGUUGGUCAGCUUAUUAUGUACUGUACAUUUGGCAUAUUGGCAGGCAUAGUCGGUGGUUUACUUGGUUUAGGCGGAGGUUUCAUCAUGGGUCCAUUGUUCUUAGAGCUCGGUGUCCCGCCACAGGUUUCAAGUGCCACAGCCACUUUUGCAAUGACUUUCUCUUCAUCAAUGUCUGUUGUAGAAUACUAUCUUCUCAAACGAUUCCCUGUUCCUUAUGCUCUGUACCUUGUUGGAGUGGCAACAAUUGCAGCUUUUGUAGGACAGCAUGUAGUUAGAAGGCUCAUUGCAGCCCUCGGCCGGGCAUCUCUCAUUAUCUUCAUCCUCGCGUCCAUGAUUUUUAUCAGUGCGAUAUCGCUUGGUGGCGUGGGCAUAGUGAACAUGAUCGGCAAAAUCCAACGGCACGAGUACAUGGGAUUCGAAAACCUCUGCAAGUACGGUGGCUGACGUUGUACUCAGCAUGUAACUUGUUAAUUAAGUGUUAAUUAAUAAAGCUUCAUUUUUGAU